AUAUAACUAUUUUUCUAGCUGGGAUUAAAGUCUUGUUUAUUGUCAUCACGCUUUCAUUAUUAUAUUUCGAAUAUUAAUAAUUUAUAUAAUUCAAAUAAUGUUGUCACGUAUAAUUAAAAUAUGUAGACGUUCACAUUGUGAAAGAAUUUUAACGUGUCGUGCAUAUUCAUUUAAUGCACCUCAAUUAAAUACAGAAAAUGAAGUGGAUCCAGCACCAAUAUUUUUUAAUCAAGAAGUACAACAGGCGUUGAGGAUAUUAACAAGAAUCGAUUACAAAAAGGUUGUUAGAAAACGUUUAACUGGUGAAAAAUUACAAGUUCCUGAAUAUAAAUUUAUGACUGAUCAAGAAUUAGAAGAAGCUUUGGAUCUUGCAAAGAAGAGAGCUGAAAAACGUUUGCAAAUGCCUCCUGUAGUUAAAACAAGGAAAGAAAUAGAUGUUGUAUUGUCCAAGGAUGAAGCAUUGGAAGGAUUAUCUACGAGUAAAUAUGCCUUUACGGAUAUUAGUUUUGGUAUUAAAGAAAGAGACAGAAUCAUAGUAAUUAGGCAGCUCGAUGGGACGCUUAGAUAUGCCAAGUGGAAUGAAAGAGAUCGAUUGAAUCAGGUGUAUAUGUCUACCAAAGGGAAAGAAAUGAUAGCUCCUAAAUUGUUUCAAGGAGAAUAUUUGGAGAAUCUACUGAGACAAGAAGCUUAUGAGUACUUAUUAGACCGUGCUUGUCUUCAAUACGAUCCAGAUGAUCCAGAAUAUAAAAGAGUUACAAAGGCGGUUUAUGAGGACAUCAAUCAAAAGAAGCAAUUCGAAUGCUUGAGAUCAACAAGACACUUUGGUCCCUUUGUAUUUUAUCUCGCUUGGAAUAAUGAUAUCGAUAAAUUGCUUUGCAAUAUAAUAGAAUCAGAAAAAUUUGAAGAAGCUGUGGCAUUGAUACAUGUUUAUCACAAGAUACACCCUCAAGCAAAAUCUGCAAUGACUGAGUGCGAAAGUGAAGAUCCCAUUAAAUUAAUAAUGCAUUAUGCUUCUCUGGAUGCGCCAUUAGGUCCUUUAGUUAAGAAAACUUUAGCCGUUUACCAAGAAUUAGAAAAGGAGAAGCAGAAAGUUGAAGAAGGUAUAAAGAAAGCUCAUGGUAUUGAUUCAGAUAAGUCAUAAUUUUUAAAUAUGUAAAUAAAUCGUAAAAUGGUAUUGAA